CCCACAGCCCAUGGAGCCCCGGCCGCUCCUCCUGCUCCUCGGGCUCUGCUCAGCUGGCCUGGUCCUGGGCUCCGAACAUGAGACCCGCCUGGUGGCCAAGCUCUUUGAAGAUUACAACAGCGUGGUGCGGCCGGUAGAAGACCACCGCCAGGCUGUGGAGGUCACCGUGGGCCUACAGCUGAUCCAGCUCAUCAACGUGGAUGAAGUAAAUCAGAUUGUGACAACCAACGUACGACUGAAACAGCAAUGGGUGGAUUACAAUCUGAAAUGGAAUCCAGACGACUAUGGCGGCGUGAAAAAAAUCCACAUUCCCUCAGAAAAGAUCUGGCACCCAGACCUCGUUCUCUAUAACAAUGCAGACGGCGACUUUGCCAUUGUCAAGUUCACCAAAGUGCUCCUGGACUACACUGGCCACAUCACAUGGACACCCCCGGCCAUCUUCAAAAGCUACUGUGAGAUCAUCGUCACCCACUUUCCCUUUGACGAACAGAACUGCAGCAUGAAGCUGGGCACCUGGACCUACGACGGCUCGGUGGUGGCUAUCAACCCGGAAAGCGACCAACCAGACCUAAGCAAUUUCAUGGAAAGUGGAGAGUGGGUGAUCAAGGAGUCCCGGGGCUGGAAGCACUGGGUGUUCUACGCCUGCUGCCCCUCCACCCCCUACCUGGACAUCACCUACCACUUUGUCAUGCAGCGCCUGCCCCUCUACUUUAUCGUCAACGUCAUCAUUCCCUGCCUGCUCUUCUCCUUCUUAACUGGCCUGGUGUUCUACCUGCCCACAGACUCAGGAGAGAAAAUGACUCUGAGCAUCUCGGUCCUGCUGUCCUUAACCGUGUUCCUCCUGGUCAUCGUGGAGCUGAUCCCCUCUACCUCCAGUGCUGUGCCCUUGAUUGGGAAAUACAUGCUGUUCACCAUGGUGUUUGUCAUCGCGUCCAUCGUCAUCACCGUUAUUGUCAUCAACACACACCACCGCUCCCCCAGCACCCACGUCAUGCCCGACUGGGUGCGCAAGGUUUUUAUCGACACUAUCCCAAAUAUCAUGUUCUUCUCCACAAUGAAAAGACCCUCUAGAGAAAAACAAGACAAAAAGAUUUUUACAGAAGACAUUGAUAUUUCUGACAUUUCUGGGAAGCCCGGGCCUCCACCCAUGGGUUUCCACUCUCCGCUGAUUAAACACCCAGAGGUAAAAAGUGCCAUCGAGGGAGUCAAAUACAUCGCAGAGACCAUGAAGUCAGACCAGGAGUCCAAUAACGCGGCCGAGGAAUGGAAGUAUGUUGCAAUGGUAAUGGACCACAUUCUCCUCGGAGUCUUCAUGCUUGUCUGUAUCAUUGGAACCCUGGCUGUGUUUGCGGGUCGGCUCAUUGAAUUAAAUCAGCAAGGGUGAGCUGAGCUGAGCACCAGGCAGAGCAGAGAAUGGUGGGGAAGACAGAAAUAUCUAUCUACUUUGAUUCGAGCUCAUUUAUCAGACCUCUGACUUUCUGUAUUUACGAUUAAUGCUAAUGAUCUAUAUUUAUGUAAGGUGAUGGCCUCCAGUACCUUCACAGCGCUUCUCCUGUGAUCCUACUCUAUCUUGCCUGGAGAGUGAACCCUUUGCAGUAAAUGAAGUGGGAUCACUAACAAGGUGUAUUCGUUUGCAAAGGCAUCUUGAAGAGUUUGGCCCAGAAUAACAGGUUUUCUAGUGCUUUGUUUUUUUAAUUUUUUAAGCAAAGAAUGUACCCUUGCUUAAAAGUCAGUUUUGUACAUACAAGUAGGCCCAUCUGCCAGUCCCCAAAAGAUAAAGCAUUUGAUUCAGAGAGAAAAGGAAACUGUAGAAAGGCAACAGCUAAGUUCUAGAACAGCCACCAAAAUGCAAACUGCAUCAGAGCAUGUUUCUAGAGCUGGGAGGGGAGGGAGGGGCUUCGCAGGCUAACAGAGCCCCCAAGUAUGCUGCUCAAGGCUUGAGGAAGGAACACAGUCAGCUAGUUUCCUGAGCUAUACCAAGCUUGAGGGCCAGGCACUGUGGGAAUCAUCUCACGGAUGUGGUUUUAUUCCUGACUUUCAUAAUGUCCCUAUUUUACAAAUGAGAAAGCUGAACUAGUGAAGCUUAAGUUCACUGCUGAAGCUAGCAAGGAGAACUGAGCCAGUUCUGAAGCCAGACCUAAUCUGGAAUUCAGAGCAGCUCAGGGCUGGGUCAGUUCAUCGGCUUACUUGCUCCGCCAUCCUCUCCCCACCUGACCUAGGUCAUCCUGUAACUCCAC